AUGUCUUUCGACUUUGAUCGUCGAGAACCAUGUCUGAAGAAUGAAAAUGUUCCUUGGAUAGAGCAGGCACGCCGGGGAAACGGAGACGACACUCCUUUGCAGCUCUUCUUAGCCAUCCCAGGUUAUUCUCCUAGGAAUAGCUAUAUGCUCGGUUGCUUCAAGUCUAUCGACCUAGAUACUGCACUCGAGAAAAUACUGGAUGGCGACUUUGAGAGCUCCCAAUCUGAACUAUGGUUGCACGACGGCGACGGGCACCGGUGUCGCGCCUACAACGGCGUCAUGCCUGCUGCGGUAGCCCACCAGAAGUUACAAUUAAAGAUCAGCGAUUUGGUCAACCGGGGGAACCUGACGCGUCCAUACGACGGUAGUAAGUUCACAGUACCUCGACGUGCGUGCGCUUCUAGCGCUGCGGCCCCCCCAGAACCCGUGCGCGUCGCUAACCUCAGUCUUCCUAGCCACAUUCACCACCCGACGACAGAAUCCAUGGGUCUUCUCAUCCUCAGCACUGGAGGCCUGGGACGAGACGAGCUGGGGGGUUUCCUUUUCAGGUACAUCAAGGCUCAUAGCACGCCCGCUUCAAUUGGAUUCAACGUUGGCACUGGAGGCCGAACUUUUUCUUUCACCUUCCACCUGCCGUCAUUUGUCUUGAAGAGACAAAAAGCUAGGACCAGAAGGAGGGACGACCCCCGCAAGAAGCGCAAUGGAAGACCGUGGAGGGAAUCCCGCCCCCUCUCAUUCCUUUCAAAACCCAUCGAGAUCGAGUCCGAAUCCGCCAGCGUCGACACACUCCACGAGGUUCACUACUCCCUGAUGAUAUGCGGCUAUAAUAGAUCCGUGUGGACCACAUAUUCCCUUGUCGACACCUACUUUUAUGACAAGGACGAGGACCACGAAGACACAGUCGAAUUCUAUAGAACACAUGAAGACUCCGAGGUCAGCGAAUGGGACCCUGCACUGAUCGGAGAGAAAGAAGUCUGGACGAAAUGUCCAGAUCCGCGGGAAUACUUUCUCAUGAUCCUGGAUAAACGAUUCACCCAAAUCUAUGAGGAGUUCUUUAAAAUCAUCGACUUUGUUCAAGACAAAAUGUCGGACUACUUCCAUGAAAAUCGCACGACGCCCAAUUGCGCCACAGUUUCGAGGGAUUCCGCCCAAAAACUUUACGAGUCGGCUGAGAGCAAGCGAAUGUGGCUCAGACAAACGGAGCAGCUCCUUGAUCUUCUCUCGGACGGCCUCUCUAGUAUUCUGAGAUGCUGGAAAGCUUUUGAGAUUGAGAGGGAAAACUUCGCGUACAAUCGUCCUUCGGCGACGUUGUUUCAUGAGAUUCAGGGCCAAACCAUAGAGAUGAAUCGUCUUCUGGACAGCCUAUCCAAGGCAAAGACAAAAUGCGAUGGAUUUCGCAAAGAUCUGGAGCUUGCUAAUGGGGUCCAAGGCGGCCCUGGGAACGUCCUACAGUACCUAAAGCUCACAUUCAUGCAGGUCAUGACUCCAGUCGCCGUCUCGGCCUCCAUCAUCCAAGCAGAUAUUUUGACAUUCGGGCCUGUCUUCUUGCGGUUCGUCAUGAUUACCGCUGUGCUUUUCGGCCUAUGCUGGUGCAUUGAACCAGGCCAGAAUCCGAUACCUGGCUGGACUGCCACCAUCAAGAAGCGCCUUAAUACCCGCGCAGAUGACCAAAACGAUGGUAGAUUCAUAAAUCAACAUCUGAGAAGAGGAUGGGGUUGGAACCAGGCUAUGAUGGCAUCAAUUUGGCAACUCGCCCAACCACGCCGCCGAUUUCUACGUGAAGUAGCUUGGGCAUCGGGCGCCAACUCGGGCUUCGAAGAGGAUGUGGAGCUAGGCAAUCUUCAGAGCUGA